AUGCUGUUACAGGGGUUAGUGUCUUUUGAUGAUGUUGCUGUGGACUUCACAUGGGAGGAGUGGCAGGACCUUGAUGAUGGCCAGAGGACUUUGUACAGGAAUGUGAUGCUGGAGACUUACAGCAAUCUGGUGUCAUUGGGGUACUGCAUUACCAAACCUGCAGUGAUCUUCAAGUUGGAGCAAGAAGCAGAACAAUGGAUAAUAGACUCCCAAAAUCAGAGUCUACAAGAUGUUCAGAUAGUCGAAGCUCUAAUUACAAAUAGCCAAGAACAUUAUGAUACACAUUUGCAGGAUGGUGGAAUUACCAACAGCAAUACAUCAACUGAGGAGAGAGUUGAAAUAGAACACGCAUUUCAUUUGAGCUCAAACCGUAUUUCAAAUUCAAUUUUAAAUAGUGAAAAGUAUUUAGGAGUGAGGUGCAAAGAGUUCAGUGUAUGUCGGAAUGCACUUCCUCCUAGAGAGGCUGAUUGGAUGCAUGCUGGAGAGAAAUCUGAUGAGGGUAAUAUAACUGGGAAAUUGUGGAGACAUUGUGAGCAUCUUAAUCAGUAUUCCAAGAUUCAUACUCAGCAGCUGGCUUUUGAAUAUAGUGGACAAUGGAAAUCCUUCAACACAGAGCCAAUAUUAUUGGAACAGAAGAAAGUAUAUAUGGGAGAGACAUCCUGUAAAUUGGAUUAUGGGAAAGUCUUUUAUAAGUCAGCUGUUCUUGCCAAAGAGACAAUUCCAGUAUCAGAGAAAGCUUUUCAAUUUGACAUAUUUUGGAGAAAGUUCUGUGAAAAUUAUGAACUCACUGAACAGCAGAAAGUACACACAGAAGAGAAACCCUAUAAAUAUAGUGAAUGUGAUAAAUCAUUCAUGAAGAAAUUACCCCUUACAAUCCAUAAGAGAACACAUACAGGGGAGAAGCUAUAUGUGUCUAAUGAAUGUGGGAAAACUUUUCACAAGUCCUCAAACCUCAGCAAGCAUCAGAGAAUUCACAUAUGUGAGAGACCAUAUGAACAUAGCGAAUGUCAAAAUACCUUUCCUGAGAAGUCAAACCUCAACAAGCAUAAGAGAAUUCACACAGGGGAGAAACCAUAUGAAUGUAAAAAAUGUAAGAAAGCUUUCAACCAUAACUCAAACCUCAGGGUACAUCACAGAUCUCACACAGGUGAGAAACCAUAUGAAUGUAAAGAAUGUAGAAAAACUUUCUACCGUAAGUCACACCUCAAUGAACAUCAGAGAACUCACACAGGUGAGAAACCAUAUGAAUGUAAAGAAUGUGGAAAAACUUUCUACUGUAAAUCAAACCUCAGUGUACAUAAGAGAAUUCACACAGAUGAGAAACCAUAUGAAUGUAAGCAAUGUAAGAAAGCUUUCAACCGUAAGUCACACCUCAGUGUACAUCAGAGAACUCACACAGGUGAGAAACCAUAUGAAUGUAAUGAAUGUGGAAAAACUUUCUACUGUAAAUCAAACCUCAGUGUACAUAAGAGAAUUCACACAGGUGAGAAACCAUAUGAAUGUAAGAAAUGUAAGAAAGCUUUCAACUGUAAGUCACACCUCAAUGUACAUCAGAGAACUCACACAGGGGAGAAACCAUAUGAAUGUAAAGAAUGUAGAAAAACUUUCUACUGUAAAUCACACCUCAAUGAACAUCAGAGAACUCACACAGGUGAGAAACCAUAUGAAUGUAAAGAAUGUGGAAAAACUUUCUACUGUAAAUCAAACCUCAGUGUACAUCAGAGACUUCACACAGGUGAGAAACCAUAUGAAUGUAGUGAAUGUGGAAAAACCUUUCACAGGAAGUCACACCUCAGCAGGCAUCAGAGAAUUCACACAGGUGGGAAACCAUAUGAAUGUAGUUAAUGUGGAAAAACCUUUCACAGGAAGUCACUCCUCAGUGGGCAUCAGAGAAUUCACACAGGCAUCAGAAUUCACAGAAGUGAGAAACCGUAUGAAUGUAGUGAAUGUGGAAAAACCUUUCAUGAGAAGUCAAAUCUCACCAAGCAUCAGAGAACUCACACAGAUGAGAAACCAUAUGUGUGUGUUCAAUGUGGGAAAACCUUUCACAGGAAGUCAAACCUCACCAGACAUCAGAGAAUUCACACAGGUAAGAAACCAUAUGAAUGA